AUGCCUGAACCUACAUCACCUUCCGAUUGCCCCGAAUGUGGACUUGUGAACCGAGCCACCCGUAUCGUAGGCGGAUUUGAGACGGAAGUGAAUGAAUACCCGUGGAUGGUGUCCCUGGUCAACGGUGCUGGACUUUAUCACUUCUGUGGCGGAUCUAUCAUUUCUGAUGAAUGGGUUGUCACCGCUGCCCACUGUGCUGUCGGCAUGGUCAACUCAGACUGGGUCUUGUAUGGAGACCACAAUUUGUAUACCACGAGUGAUGCCGCAGCUUUGGCAACUAACAUUGCCGAGAUCAAGAUUCAUCCUGAUUAUAACAGCAUUACGUACGACAACGACAUUGCUCUUCUCAAACUCGCUAAUGCAAUUGAGUUCCCAGAUGACAACCGAAUUGCUCCUGUGUGUCUUCCAACAGCCGGUGAAAUGUAUGCUGAUGUUGAUGCUACAAUCACAGGCUGGGGAGCUCAACAAGAGGGAGGAUCCACGUCUGCCGUGCUCUUCGAAGUGACUGUACCGACCAUGACAAACACAGCUUGUAAUACCAUGUAUAAUGGACAGAUAACAGACAAUAUGAUCUGCGCAGGCCUCCCCGAGGGAGGCAAAGAUUCUUGUCAGGGUGAUUCUGGCGGUCCAAUGAUUGUAGAAGAAAACGGCAGGUGGAAACUGGUAGGAGUUGUGUCGUGGGGCACUGGCUGUGCUCGACCUGAUAGACCCGGAGUCUACGCCAGAGUUUCACAAUAUUUGAAUUGGAUUUCUGAAUCAACAACUGGCGUGUGUUCAACUGACAACACACCACCACCCCCUACAUCGCCUCCUCCACCUCCUCCAACGCCUGAACCUACAUCACCUUCCGAUUGCCCCGAAUGUGGACUUGUGAACCGAGCCACCCGUAUCGUAGGCGGAUUUGAGACGGAAGUGAAUGAAUACCCGUGGAUGGUGUCCCUGGUCAACGGUGCUGAACUUUAUCACUUCUGUGGCGGAUCUAUCAUUUCUGAUGAAUGGGUUGUCACCGCUGCCCACUGUGCUGUCGGCAUGGUCAACUCAGACUGGGUCUUGUAUGGAGACCACAAUUUGUACACCACGAGUGAUGCCGCAGCUUUGGCAACUAACAUUGCCGAGAUCAAGAUUCAUCCUGAUUAUAACAGCAUUACGUACGACAACGACAUUGCUCUUCUCAAACUCGCUAAUGCAAUUGAGUUCCCAGAUGACAACCGAAUUGCUCCUGUGUGUCUUCCAACAGCCGGUGAAAUGUAUGCUAAUGUUGAUGCUACAAUCACAGGCUGGGGAGCUCAACAAGAGGGAGGAUCCACGUCUGCCGUGCUCUUCGAAGUGACUGUACCGACCAUGACAAACACAGCUUGUAAUACCAUGUAUAAUGGACAGAUAACAGACAAUAUGAUCUGCGCAGGCCUCCCCGAGGGAGGCAAAGAUUCUUGUCAGGGUGAUUCUGGCGGUCCAAUGAUUGUAGAAGAAAACGGCAGGUGGAAACUGGUAGGAGUUGUGUCGUGGGGCACUGGCUGUGCUCGACCUGAUAGACCCGGAGUCUACGCUAGAGUUACAAAAUAUCUGGACUGGAUUGCAACUUCGACCGGUGGCAUCUGCACGGUCUAGCUCUCCAUCGCUGUCCAGGUAAAAGGUUUAUAAACAGAGUCAGAGAUCGUUCACAGCAGUUUCAUGUGGAAGAUUGGAUCAAAUUUUAUGUUCGAGAGUUUCUGCUUUCUCAUUUCGUGUCGAUUUUAUCCGGCUUUAUAUGGAUUUACGUGGCAAGAGUUUCCUGUGUAGCCAAUUGUCAUUUGGAAAAAAAAACAAACAAAUCGUAAUAAAGACAUGGCCUAUCCA